ACAAUAUUAUUGAAAGGAAAAAUUCUUAACAGCAAAAAUGAUAUUUUUAAAGUUUUUUUGAAUAUUUAUGAAAGAAUUCUAACAAAAAAAAUAAAAUAAUAAUAAUAAAAAAACGUUUUAUGCAAUAAGAAGGUGAAUUGGCGGGAGAUCACAACGUGCCAAAUCUCAAAACUCAAAAAUCUUCCAAUCCGCGCCUCUCUCUCUCUCCACAUUGUCUGCAAAAAAUUUCCAUAGUCCAUCUCCAAUCCCUAUUCUCUUCUUGCUUUCUUUCUCCUGCCCUAAUUCGAUAUGUUAAUCCACCGUCCAAAAACUGAACUCACUCUUCUCGACUCACUCUCCACCACCGAGUCCAACUCCGAUUUGCAAAAAGCAUGGCACCUUCUCUCUCUCCUCCUUUCAAUUGGCCACUUAACUUCACCUCACGAACUCGCAUCUCUCUGUACUCUCUUCCCCACAACUCCCGAUCUAGUCGAAUUUCUCUGUUCUAUCCCUCACUCACCUCUCACUUUAACUACCGGCAAUGAAGGGAUCUUAGUCACUAUUUCUGUAAUCGGCCUUCUCGCCUUUUGUCGAUUUGCCUCAAAUUUUAACUUGGCUGAUGCUUUUCUAACUCCGAUCAGAGACCAUAGUCCCGGGAAGUUGAUGACGGAUGCUGUUAGAGUCUACUUUAGGAAGCGCAAACGGAUCCAAUUUGAUUCUCUAGAAGUGGAUAAGAAGCUUAUAUCAGUUUCUGGGUCUGCAAAAAGGGUUCGAAAUGAUUCCUCCAAGGUGCAUUUUCAUGUGACUGAACAUAUCAGGAGUAUGUAUGUUGAGCCAAGUUUCAUGUCUAUUAAACUAAAUAACAUCAUUCUCCCACCUAAUUUGUUCAUCAAGGCUAUCGCCAAUAAGAUAAUUUAUCAAUUAGAAGAGAACGUUGAGCAAGUUGAAGACGAAAUGGAUAAACAUAUGAUUUUAGUAAGAAAUGGGAACAUGGAUCCUGAGCUGGAUGAAGAAUCUGCCUGUCAGAGAAUAAUGUUGGACAGUACAAUGGACAUCGAUGAUAUUUCUUUUAAGGAUGGUUUCGGACAGACAAGCAUAGUAUCACUAUCAUGUGCAAAUGCUGAUGAUGCUUGUAAUGCUGAAAAUGAUUGUUUUAUUGCGAAAAUAGGAGUCCAAUGCAGAGAAUUUUUAACUGAUUCUGCUAACAUGAAAGAAGUGGAAAGCCUUUUACAACCAAUUAAUACUGCUCUUUUGGGUGCGUCAAGAGAAAGUGAGAGUAAAAGGAAGAAGGAAACUACAUCCUUGGAUAAAGAGCGAUUAACUAGUGAUGCAAGGAAGCAAACUAUUUCUCCAUCAACUCAGCUAGAGUCUGUCGGUCAGAAGCAGUUGUCCAGACCUUCUGCUAAGAUGAAGCUCACAUUCUUGGAUGCAAUCAGUCUAAGAGAAAAAGCCACUGAGCAAUUUUCAGAAGGGAGUAAGGCAGUAACCACUCUCAAGGAGAAUUUACAGGUUAAGAGAAAUAUUAUGGCAAUCAGUACGGGACAAAAGCCAAAGCAGAAGCAUGUGAAUGCACAUAUUAAAGAGGGGAAGAAGGAUCUUGCUUCUUUUUCUCCCACGGAUCAGGUGCAAACAAAGGCCCUUCCCUGCUUUGAGUCUUACAUUGUAGAAGAAGAAGAAGGUUCAGGUGGUUAUGGCACUGUUUACAGGGCUCGAAGGAAGAUCGAUGGGACCACAGUUGCCAUUAAAUGCCCUCAUGAAAAUGCUCAUAGGCACCAUGUUAGCAAUGAGCUAAGGAUGCUGGAGCGGUUUGGGGGUAAAAAUUAUAUAAUAAAACUAGAAGGCUGUUUGAAGAGUGGAAAUUCUGACUGCUUUGUGCUGGAGCAUAUUGAGCAUGAUAGACCAGAGUUGUUGAAGAAGGAUAUAGAUCUUUCUCAGCUACGCUGGUAUGGUUAUUGUAUGUUCAGGGCACUUGCUAGUCUUCAUAAACAGGGAAUAGUUCACAGGGAUGUCAAACCUGGCAAUUUCCUUUUCUCUCGCAAGUCCAAUAAAGGUCAUCUUAUUGAUUUUAACCUUGCCAUGGAUCUGCGCCAAAAGUAUGGAACAACUAACAAAUUAAAAACAGGGAAUGAUGUAAGCGUCAACCGUGUUACACUUCCCAAUGCAAAACCUGCUCCUACAAAAAGUAGGAGGAUUCCAGUUGCUAAAUUUGUGGGUGCUGUCAAUCGAGAGGCAACAAAAGGCUUGAAGGCAACUUUAGAACUCAAGAACCAAAAAAGGAGGUCUGUUAACAGACCUAAGGCAGAUAAUGAAUUGAGUGGUUGGAAUAUUAUGAGAAGUCAAGGAGCAGAUGGCUCUGGAAUAACCUCAGUGAAGGAUGUCACAAGCAAUAGGACUCCUUCUGCAGAAAGGCCCAGAGAGCCAUUACCAUGCCAAGGUAGGAAGGAACUCCUAAGCUUGUUGCAGGAAGCAAUGCACAGUCCAACUUAUGAAGCAUCAAGUGUUCCAGCUUCUAUACGAAAGAGGAUUGCUGCGCCUCAUGGAAAAGUGGAUGAAAGACUUAUUUAUCUUACUCCAAUGCCUCUGAACUCAACUGAGCUUGCUAUUCCUGGCAAAAGCUUAAGUAACAACAAAGAAGAUGCAAAGCCCAAGAAAGAAGGUCCAUGUGUUGGAACCAAAGGUUUCCGGGCACCAGAGGUUUUGUUCAGGUCAACCUAUCAAGGUCCCAAGAUUGAUAUUUGGUCUGCUGGGGUCACCCUACUCUACCUAAUGAUCGGAAGGACACCCUUUUACGGUGAUCCUGAACAGAACAUAAAGGAUAUUGCAAAGUUAAAGGGCAGUGAAGAUCUGUGGGAAGUAGCAAAGCUACAUGACCGAGAAUCUUCAUUCCCAGCGGAACUUUACGACAAGUACUUGCCGUCUGUGACUCUAAGGGAAUGGUGCAAGAUAAACACAAAGAGAAGGGAUUUUUAUGAUAUAAUCCCGAACUCACUCAUUGACCUUGUGAAUAAAUGCCUGACAGUAAACCCAAGACUGAGGAUCAGCGCAGAGGAUGCCUUAAAACAUGAGUUCUUUGCUCCAUGCCAUGAGGGCCCAAGAAAGCAGAGACCGCUCAGGCAGGAGCUCAGCUUGGACUCUGGAGCUAGUCUUCCUUUGUGUGAACAAAGCAUUGAAAAUGGAGUAACAGUGAAGAUUUCUCAUCAGCUAACUUGACCUUAUUUAUGGAUGGAACCUUUUUUUUUUUUUUUUUUUCUUUUAAAACUUUAAACUAAUUUUAGGUUAACCCUCUACAUGUAGCUAUAAUAAGCUUCUCUUGAAACCAUGCUGUAAAUGUGCAACCCAUAUAAGCUUUCGGCCUUCUUUUGUACCGUAUUACUUGUCCCCAGGAAAAACUCCUAGCAAUGCUGGGCUUGUAUUAAUCAUAGGAAACACAGACAAAACUGUAUACAUAUGUCCUAUUCUCAAGGAGUAAUAACUAAGCUGUCAUGAGUGGGAGAUACCUCUA